AUGGAAAUCAAACGGCUAACAAUCGAGGAAUGUCGUGAAGGAGUGUUCGAUAUCCGACGAAAAGUGUUCAUUGAAGAACAAAACUGUCCGGAACACAUGGAAUGGGAAGAAGAGGAAGAGAGAGAUUCGGUGUAUUUUGUAGCGUUCAGUGGAGACCGCGCUGUCGGAUGUCUUCGUCUCCGGCCCGUUGAACAAGAUUUGCUGAAAAUGGAACGAGUUGCUGUGUUAAAAGAGUUUCGUAGAAGAAGAAUCGCCACCGAUCUCGUUCGCGAAGCGAUGAUUUACGUCCAAACCGAGACACCGAGCUCAUCAAUUUACGCCUACGCCCAGGUGACCGCUCUUCAGGCGUAUGUGUCCUUAGGGUUCACAGUCCUCUCGAAAGUUUGGAUCGAAGACGAAACUUUUAUCCCGCAUCAGACAAUCUUCUGGGGAACGCCCGUGUCGAUUGCAGUGUUUUUGAAGCAUCAAGCUGAAAAAUCCGACGUUGUCUACGAAGAAUACGACGCACGUCAUCCAUCAAUUCUGCCGAAGAUCGAGGCGUACAAGCAGAGACUUGAGAAUCUCGAGACAUGGAACAUUUGCAGUCUACAUAUCCACUUGGAAGAUCGAGUCGUCUCAAAAAUCAUUCGCAAUAAUUUCAUCAAUUUUUGCGCGAAUUCUCAACAAUUUCUCGAUGGAAAUCAUGAUUUAUCAUCGGAUAUUGUGAAACAAUCGAUAAAUCUUCUGAAAAUAGCGGAUGCAAAGUUAAAUACAGGACAUUUCAAUGAAGUAGAUGAGAAUUGGCGGAAAUUGUACGUUCUCGUCAGUUUUGUACAGAGUUUUUUGUUGUUUAGAGGGAAACGAGCGGAUUUUGAGAACGCCAUAAAAAUCGCAGAUAAAGGCUUAUGCAUGGGACGGAUCGAUGAGGAAAUCGUGCCGAUUCGCCAGCUGGCUUGGCUGAUUCAUGAGCAGUUACCAGGGGUUUCUGCCCCGAUUCAUCCGAGUUUUUCGUCUUUUUCCGCUGAAAAAACUCGAAAUUUUCUAUCGCCGCUCCCGAAUUCCGUUCCCAUAUCAGAAUGUGACGAUAGUGAUGACGAUUGUCUGGAACGUGUAAUUUCAGCGAUUAGCCAGGGAACUCCUCUGCUAAUUCGGCAACACUGUAUGCAUAUGCCGGCGGUUCGCAAGUGGAAUAUUGAGUUUUUGCUGAAAGAGCUGCAUUCGAGAACGUUUCCAGUGGAAAUUGGAACGAAAUAUUCGGAUGAAGACUGGUCGCAAAAGUUGAUGACAUUCGGGGAGUUUGUUGAGAAUUCGGAGAGCCAACGUCUCUACCUCGCCCAACACCGCCUAUUCGACCAAGUUCCCCAUCUGAAGCGUGACGUCAUCAUCCCAGACGAAUGCUUCGGAGAAUCCACGAAUCCAGAUGACGUGGAUAUGAAUAUGUGGAUUGGACCGUCGAAUACAGUAUCCCCACUUCACACGGAUCCUCGGAACAACAUGUUUGUACAGGUUAACGGGACGAAACUGUUUCGAAUGGUGUCUCCAGAAGACACGUCAUCUGUCUAUCCGUUCGAUGGAAUUCUGGGGAAUACAAGUCAGGUCGACGUGGAGAAUCCAGACGCCACGGAGUUUCCAGAAUUCUCCAGAAUCCGUCGGAUGUUUGACGGUGUCGUCAACGCCGGCGACGCUCUAUUCAUCCCACAGAAAUGGUGGCAUUACGUUCGCUCCACCACUCCCUCGAUAUCUAUUUCGUUUUGGUUUGAUUAA